GAUGGCUGUUUACGAUGAUGACAAAAUUAUCAAGAUAGAUCAAUUAAUGGCCUGCGCCAAAGAAAGCUUCCUGGCCAACAUAGUACGAUCUUACAUUUUUACCAUAAAACACAGCAUGCUAAGAUGUUCAUCCACAGCUUCUCUCGAGUACAUUCUGGAAAAUGGAGCACCAAAGCGUUUUGAGACCCCUGGAAGUGGAUUCUGCAUCACUACACCGUAUCAAACAAUUCAAUCUAUUUUCGUCCGUUGCAUUGUAGUCACUGUACUGACUAGUGAGAGUGAUUUCUAUUUUCAGUUUAAAACAAAAGACUUAAAAGGCACCUUUGUUGCUGGAGAUGCUGUGGUCAUCACUGGAUAUUGGUUACAAGAACCAUAUACACAAUAUUUUACAACAACAGGAACAGAUAUUGUUUCUUCCGAAAAUGUCACAAAGCUAGAUGUUAAUACGACUUUAAAUGAUUUAAUGACAACCACUGUAAUAUCUUCAAAUCACAAUGAAACAACAUUGGAGACUGGGACUACGGGGUACACAAGACCAGAAAGCACAAGCUCAUCAGACAAAAUAACAACUACCUCAGAUGGGACGGUUGUUGAAGCAACGACGAUAAUGACCACAAGUUCAGAUGUAGAACUUUCCUCUGUCACAACAUCUACGUCUGAGCCUUCAAUUACAGCUGCAGUGACCACGGCAUACCAAAAUAAUACUGAAGAAUACUUAAAUAGUACUCUGAGUACAGGAUUAUAUACAACAGAAUACAAUAACCUAGAUAAAUUUAGCACGCAGACAACAUUAGAGGAGGAAACCAUACUCGUUGGAUUUUGUGUCUGUAAAUGUACCGGAUCAGGUUACAAUUACACAGAGGAAGAACUGGCUGAUAGAAUACUCCAAAGAAAAAUAGAGACUCAGCUGAUUAAAAAGAACCUGACAGCAUAUUACAGAAGCCUGACCUCAGCAAAUGACCAACGAAUGUCAUCCCAGUGCAUAGGUUAUAUAGGAUCAGUCAUUCUGGUUUCUUGUCUUUGUCUGCUUACAUUUUGUGAUUUUCGAAGGUUCUUGUAUUACUGCAUAAUAGAGAGACACCUCAGAAAACAU